UUGGCUUUCUUAUCUUCUCUUCUAUCUUCAUUCUUUCACAAAUUUCUUUCUUCAACAAGUCACUCUUCAACAUAUUUCAAGAAAGGAAAAAAAUUCCAAAAAAAUAGUUUAAGAUUCUUGAGAAAUGGAUGAUAUUGAUUGCUGAUGCAGAGCAUUUGGAGCUGAACUGCUGAUUUGGUGAAGUAAACGGAAAGAGGAGAAGAAAGGAAUGGUUGUAGAUUGAACUUUGAAGGUAGUAGUGGUACUGGGUUUGAUCCAAAUACUCCUAGUGAUGAUAUUGGGUGGAAGUUUGGAAAAAUGGUUGAAAACAACAGAAGUAGAUCACAAUGCAUUUUCUGUGGGAAAAUUGUGAGUGGUGGUAUAACUAGGUUGAAAGAACAUUUAGCACACAAAAAAGGAAAAGUGUCCUCAUGUCCUAGUGUUAGUGGUGAAGUUCGGGAGUUAAUGAUGAAACAUUUGAAAGACAAUAACAAAAAACAAGAAGAUAAAAGAAAAAGACAUGAGGAAUUGAAGGAACAAAUAAGAGCUACUCAAUGUGACGAGGAAUUUGAGUAUCCGGCAUUUAACAAUGAUAGUGAUGACUCAGAUCCAGAAAUGACCAUAGCACGACAAGAAAGCGUAAGAAUGCAAUAUGAACACGAGGAGAGACAAAGAUUUCAAAACAGAACAGGGCGUAGAUAUCAUGUAGGAGGAAGUAGUGGGGCUGGACGUAGCGGCAAUCAUGAUAUUGGGCCUCCUCCUGGUUUUUCUAAACGAUGUUCUAGUGUUCACGAGACUAACACAAAAAAGCAAUGGUCCAGUUUAACAACACCAGAAGCACGAUUGGCAGAAAUAGAGGUUGAUCUUCAUCGGAGUAAAGGGAAGAAACAAUCGAAAUUGUCUAGUCGAUUCAUGAAGGCAGCAAAGCAAAAAUUGGGAAGGGCAGUUAGCCAAUUUGUGCUAUAUACAUGGUUGCCAUCAAACAUGGUAAAUUCUCCAUGGCUUGAACCAAUGCUUGAUGUUGCUAGAGAGGUUGGGAAAGGAACAAAACUUCCAAGUUCAUACGAGGUGGCUGAAGUUUAUUUGCCUAAAGAAUACGAGGCCAUACAAAAAUGGAUAGGAUCUUUGAAGACUACUUGGGAGGAGAGAGGUGUUAGCAUUAUGUGUGAUGGAUGGUCAGGACCUAGAAGGAGGCAUCUCGUUAAUUUUCUUGUGUAUAGCAAUCGUGGAACAGUUUUUCACAAGUCUAUUGAUGCAACAGAUGUACUUAGCAGAACAGCGGAUUACUACUUCGGCCUCAUGGAUAAGGUAGUGGAAGAAAUUGGGGAGCAAUAUAUUGUCCAAAUUAUAACGGACAACGAAGCUGCUAUGAAGGCGGCUGGUAAGAAACUUAUGGAAAAGAGGCCCCAUUUGUAUUGGACCGCAUGCACCGCUCAUUGCAUUGAUUUAAUUUUGGAGGACAUUGGUGAGAAAAAGAAUGUGAAAGCGGUGUUGGAAAAGGCAAAGAAAGUCACGCGUUUUAUUUAUAAUUAUGAUUGGGUCGUUAAUUACAUGAAAAAUUACACCGAUGGAAGAGAUUUGUUACGGCCUGUCAUCACACGCUUUGCCACCAAUUUUAUUACUUUGGAGAGUUUGGUUAGAUACAAGAUUGGUUUGAAAGAUAUGUUCAAUUCUACUGAAUGGAAAGCUACUAGAUAUGCUAGAAUGCAAGGGGCGAAAGAAGUUAAAGAUAUCCUUGAAUCUAAGGAUUUUUGGGCAAAAGCUGCAGAUAUACUAAAAAUACAAGAACCGCUGGUAAAGGUACUUAGGCUUGUGGACGGGGAUCGAAAACCCACGAUGGGGUUUAUAUACGAAGCCAUGGACAGGGCUAAGAUGGCAAUACAAAAUAAUUGUCGUUAUUAUACCGAGUAUUGGAGAAUUAUCGACCGUCGAUGGGCUAUUCAGUUACAUACGGAUUUGCAUGCAGCAGGUUAUUUUCUAAAUCCAAUAUAUCAAUACGGUGGCAACUUGUCUAAUCAUAGGGAGGUCAUGGAUGGAGUUAGAAAAGUAAUUAUGAGAUUACUGCCAGAUCUAAAUGAGCAAGUGGAAGCCAUCAACCAAAUUUCGGUAUUUCGAAAUAAAGAAGAUUCUUUUGGAACAACAGUGGCCCAAGUAGCAGUUCAAGCAACUAAUCCUGGUAAUUAUUUAAGUGACACACUUUUUUAAUUUACCAUCUUCUUUUAUAUUAUAGUCCAAUAAAAUACAUCAUCGUGAGUCUAGUAUUUCUAAUUUUUUUGUUAUGUAGCUGAAUGGUGUCCAUUAUGGCGUAUCUGUCCCCCAACUUCAAAAAGUUGCUGUGAAAGUAUUGAGUCAAACCACUUCUUCAAAUUGUGAGCGAAACUGGAGUACCUUUAGCCUUAUACACACAAAGACAAGGAAUCGAUUAAAAUAUCAAAAAUUAAACAAGAUUGUCUAUGUGUACUACAAUAUGAGGCUAAAGAUUAGGCAUGCGACUAGAAGAAGUGAUGAGGAGAGAGAUGAUCAUUUUAAUCCCAUUAAUCUUGAUUACAUCUUUGACGAGGAUGAUCCAUUAGCUGAAUGGUUGCAAGAGGAAGAGCACGCAA